AUGGUGGUCCCGUCUACUGACAGCGAGACGCAUGUCCGCUUUCAAACUUUGCCAGAGUUCCGACCUCCGCUUCUGAAUGUCACGGUAUAUGAUUCGGAGAGGUCAUGCCCUGGCUACUUAUUUGUCGCCCCUUACUCCCAAUUGGAGGCCAAGCAGAUCACAGAUCCUGCCGAAGCGUAUAUUACUGGACCCAUGAUCUAUGACCAUACUGGACAAUUGGUAUGGAUCGGAUCUACUAUGUUUCCUGGACGGGAUGCCUACGACUUCAGGUCCGUAAUGUAUAAGGGCGAGACCAUGCUUUCAUUCAUCAUUUCAACGAACGAGUUCUAUCCGGAGCAUCCAGAAGGAAUGGCUGUCCUCAUCAACAGCCAGUAUGAGCUCGUAAACAUGACCUUGCCCUUGCUCAACACGCCGGAAAUCAAUAUCCACGAGUACAAGAUCAUUAACAAUGGAUCAUCUGUUCUGACACUAUAUACCAAGCCAACAUUGGUCGAUGAGACAUGGAUCAUGGAUGAUGGAUUUGUCGAGAUAGAUCUCAACACUGGUGCCACUCUGUUUCGCUGGAACUCGUUGGAACAUGUCCCUCUGAAUGCAUCGAACUUCCAUCUUCCCAAGGCAGGCUCGACAACCGAAAAAAGAAGUUGGGACUGGUUCCAUGCGAACUCGAUAGACAAGAAUGCAGAUGGUGACUACCUACUGUCUUCACGACACGCCAGCAGUAUAUACAAGAUUUCUGGUAAAGAUGGAGCCAUCAUGUGGACCCUCAGCGGGAAAAGCCCUGAUAUCGACCACUCAGGAGGAUUCAACUUCUCCUGGCAGCACGAUGCGAGACUGAGAUACGAGGAUCAGACAACAACCGUUAUUUCGUUCUUCGACAACGCUGGAGUCGGCAUCAACGAGGAAAGCAAGACAACAGGAAACUGGAGUCGUGCAGUGGUUGUUGAACUCAACACUUCAAUCAAACCAAUGACUACUCGUGUGCUUCGCAGCUAUGACAGACCAGACCACGAGAUCUCGAUCGCACGAGGUAACAUGCAAACUCUUCCAAACGAUAACGUGUUUAUCGGAUGGGCUAGCGGUGGUCUCAUCAGCGAGCUCACAGAAGACGGCUCUCCAGUCAUGCAGGCUCAAUUCCAGGAUGGCAAGAUGAGCACCUACCGCUCGUACAAGUUCAAUUUCACUGGCCGACCACACUUGCCUCCUGUAACGAAAUCCAUCGUUUACGGUUCUACACCAGAAGCUGCAAAUACCUUUCACUAUCUGAGCUGGAAUGGAGCUACAGAUGUGCAUUCGUGGAACCUUUACGGUGCUUCCAAAAAUUCUUCUGGCAGCUUCUCAUUGCUGGCGAAUGUGUUGAAGACAGAUUUCGAAACAAUGUACAUGACCAAGGGGUACACUGCAUUUGUCUACGUCGAGGCAGUUGGUAUGGGUGGCGAAGUCAUGGGUCGCUCCAUUCCCACUACCUCAGAAAUUCCCCAAAGAUGGGUAGGAACAUUCUGCACAGCAGAUGGUGUCUGCAAGACUAAUGAGGAAGAGUCUCCCGAAACGGAUCUGGAGAACGACGAGAAUGAAGCUACUAAAACGAUCGACGAAGAAACAAGUCACCCGGAAACCAAGAUUGAGCAUCAGCCAGGCACAACAUCAUUACACAGAGUCCAUGAGGACAAGCCACUACUUCUGGGUGUUGGCUUAUUAGCCAUGUUCAUAUUUGCAUACUUGUUCAUACGUCUAUUUAAGAGGCGCAAUACUGCACGAUACAAGCAUGUAGCAUAG